AUGGCUCCAACCAAGCUCGAGAACGAGGAUCACUCCCGCGAUGCUGCUUUCAACAAAGCAAUGCAUAAGGAUUCAUCCAGCGCCGAGGGUGGUUUCCGUGCUAUGAUGGGAAAGGACUCUUCGGCUCAAAAGGCUGCUGUUGAUGAAUACUUCAAGCAUUGGGAUGACAAGGCUGCUAAGAACGAGACCAAGGAAGACAGAGAUGCACGCGUUGCAGAAUAUGCUACUUUGACCAGACAUUACUACAAUCUCGCAACCGAUCUUUACGAAUAUGGAUGGGGACAAUCUUUCCAUUUCUGUCGUUUCGCAUACGGGGAGCCUUUUUACCAAGCCAUUGCUCGUCACGAACAUUACCUCGCAGCCAAAAUUGGUAUCAAGGAUGGUGACAAAGUUUUGGACGUUGGAUGCGGUGUCGGUGGACCAGCAAGAGAGAUUGCCAAGUUCACUGGAGCACACAUUACUGGUUUGAACAACAACGAUUAUCAAAUUGAGCGUGCAACUCGAUAUGCGGCAAAGGAGGGCAUGUCUGAUCAAUUGAAAUUUGUCAAGGGAGAUUUCAUGCAAAUGUCUUUCCCAGAAAACUCUUUCGAUGCUGUUUAUGCAAUUGAAGCAACUGUUCACGCCCCAUCCCUCGAGGGUGUUUACUCCCAAAUUUUCAAGGUUCUCAAGCCAGGUGGAACUUUCGGUGUCUACGAAUGGCUCAUGACCGAUAACUACGAUAACGACAAUGAACAUCACCGUGAGAUUCGUCUCGGUAUUGAGCAAGGUGACGGAAUCUCCAACAUGGUCAAGAUUUCUGAGGGUAUCGCCGCCAUCAAAGCCGCUGGUUUCGAACUCGUACUCAAUGAGGAUUUGGCCAAGAGACCAGAUGCUACUCCAUGGUAUUAUCCUUUGGCUGGUGAAUUUAAGCACAUGGGUACCAUGGGAGAUUUCUUUACUAUUGCCCGUAUGACCAAGGUUGGUCGAGGAUUAGUCCACAAAUUUGUCGGUGCUUUGGAGUACUUGAAGUUGGCACCACACGGAACACAAAAGACAGCUGAUUCAUUGGCGUUGGCUGCUGAUUGUUUGGUUGCUGGUGCUAGGGAAGAUUUGUUCACCCCUAUGUAUUUGAUGGUUGCAAGAAAGCCUUUGGCAUAA